AUGGCAGCAGUCAAGAGCAACUUCCCUUGCCAUACUACACCUACGCCAGACUACGCGUGCCUGUGCAGCCAGUACCUCUGGCGCAUCUCGUGCUACGAAAACUACGCCUCGGGGCCGUGGGCCCAUGCAGAUCGCGCCAUCACAGAAGGAAACGUUCACAACACUUGCCGCGCGGCAGGUAGUGUAGCAGUGGAUCAGGUUCAAAAGGAGCACGCACGGCGAAAACGGCAAAUAGGCGACUUUUUGUCGAGUAUUGUGGGUGAUGUAUCGUCGAUUCUGUCAAGCAAGGGCGUUACAGUUCCUACAGCCGUGAUUGAGAGUGUGGCUGGCGGAGUGGUGAAUGCCUUGCCGACGCCCGUGGAUCCGACAAGUAUUGCAGCCAGGAUCACGGCAACAAGUGCAGUUGGAGAGGAAAAUGGAUCCAUGACAGUCACAGAGAUCGGAACUUCUACUUCUUUGUCGACUAGGGGAGUAACUUCUGCGUCAUCCUCAGAAGGACCGGCUUCUUCAUCUUCUGCCACUUCCCCACCGCCAUCCCCAUCGAAUUCAAACUCAGGGCCCUCGGCAGGUCUCAUCGCCGGGGUGGUCGUAGGAGCCAUCGCAGCCCUUGCCCUGAUUGGAAUCUUCAUCCUGCUCCUCCUUCGGCAUCGCCGGAAAACCAAGUAUCAACCUUCAUCGCCAUUCACAGACAAAGAAGCUAGUCCCACGAUAUCAUCAUUGUCUUCCAAUGGCCAUGUACCCCAAAUCGACACUUCCUCGACAUUUCCUACUCCUACGGUACUACCCGCAGGCACACCCACUGCCCUUGCAUCCCCAGAGCCCGCACUGCGCUCCCCAAUCUCGCCAGUCUCUCCCAUCACUCCGCAAGACCAAGCACCCUGGAUAUCCCCUCCAUCAACACUUGCUGGUGGAACCUUGCCCAGAUACCCCUCUUCUGCCGGUAUCACGCCCUGGGACUCUCACUACUACUACCAGGAUUCUAAAACACCGCAAACCACCGAGAUGCCCACAUCUGCUAAUUCCUGGGAGCUGGAUGGUAAGGAGGUAUCGCAUCUGGGUGAGUUUGGCGCUGCGCAAGAGAAUCAAUUGGAUGGAGAUGGCGGUGUACGGAGAGAAGGCCGGGGACGGGAAUGUGUGACGGAUUAUCAAGCUGGUGAGGAGAAUCGUUUGAAAGGAGAGUUUGUAGGGAGUAAGCCGGUUGAGAGGGGCUGGUGA